AUGAAAACGCAUUUAGUAGCAAUAUUAUUUUUAUUUUUUGGAAUUGUUAAAGGAGAAGAAGAAGAAAAUUUAAAUUCAAUCAGCCCAGAACCAAAUUCUAGAGUUGUUGGAGGAUCUAAUGCUAGAGGACCCGUUCCAUAUCAAGUCUCUUUUCAAAUAAAAAAUAGAGCUUUUGAUGUUGCAGCUCUAUCAAUACAAGAAUGGGCGCAUUUUUGUGGUGGUUCAAUUAUAUCAGAAAAUCACGUAUUAACAGCAGCACAUUGUGUAGUACAAUUAACUCCAAGCCGUUUUACAAUAUACUCUGGUUCAAAAGUUCGAACACAAGGUGGUACAAGACAUACUGUUGAUAAAAUAUUUGUUCAUCCAAAUUAUGAGGAAUUAGUUCAAUCUGAUAUAGCUGUUGUGAAAGUAAAAGAACCAUUUAAUUUUGAUGGUGAAAAUACUGACAAAAUUGAUUAUACAAAUAGGGAAAGAAUUGGAGGAGGAGUUCCUGUAACAUUAACAGGAUGGGGAUUUUCAUAUCCAAUACCAUUAUUAAUUCCAUUUAUUGAUACAUUACCAAAUAAUUUACAAGAAAUCAAUUAUACAACAAUAACAAAUGAAGAAUGUCAAAACGCUGGUUUUAAUGUUACUGAUACAGAAAUCUGUGCUUAUGGAAGAGUUCUUAAAGGAGCAUGUUCAGGUGAUUCUGGAGGUCCUUUAGUUAAUUUAGAUAAAACAAUGCAAAUUGGUGUAGUUUCGUAUGGGACACAAAUUUGUUCAAGUGGUGUACCGGAUGCUUAUACCAGAGUUUCGGAAUUCGUUGAUUGGAUAACUGAACAAAUGCAAAAGUAG